GCAUUGCAAUAAUUUUUAGAUCGAAACCAUUUCCGAACCGCAACGACCACCUCAACAGCACUAACCUUCCACGGGGGUGUCUCAAAUCCCUCAUGAUGACCAAGCGCCCUUCCUGCUCGCAUUCCACACUCCUCUUCGAACCCUCCCCUUUCGCCGAGCUAGCCGGCUUCGAGCGACCUGAUCAACGCACUAGGAUUGCAGCGACGUCGAAGUCUGGCCGUGCGCCUCCAGCAGUAAGGAACAAUUCGCAAACAACCGCCUCGCUCAGCAAGGAAGCGCAAAAAGAAAGCCAAACAUAUCCUGGACCGCUGGUCCUCCCUCACGAUGCGCUCAACUACGAUCCAGACGGCGAUGAACCUGCGCAAUCGUUUCGCAGCUGGCUACAUGAGAAGGCGCGUAACAAAGUCACGCCUGAACGGCGAACGCUGUACGUGGGCGCGCCACCGACGAUCGAUGAGAACGUGUCUUUCAUGAAGGGCUGGACAACACCAAAUCCAGCACCAGACGCUGCACCUUCAAAAACGCCUAGCAAGAAACCACGCACGGAAAGAGAGCCACAAUCCACGACGACUAAUGCCUUGCAAAGCCCAGGCGUCGAAGAAACAAUCGCCUACCUCCGCGCCUUCUACCACGGCUUCGACGUCGCACCCCUCCCCAUCGACCUCCGCUGGACAUCCUGGGAAAACCACGGCAAAGGCGCCAAAUAUCGCCCCGUAGAUACUGUCCGUGGAAUCCCAACGUACAUCGCCCUUUCUUACAACGGAGUCGCCACGCGCAUCCGUGCCCGACGCGCGCCUGACGGCGCAUUCGCCGCGCAACUAAACCUCGAUGACAUCCUGGACGCGGCCAUCGCAAUGCUACCAGCCGACGCAUACGCCAUUGUCCUGCUCGUCGACCACGACAUCUACGAGUCACCGGACGACGACUUCUGCGCCGGACGCGCUUACGGCGGAAGUCGCGUGAGCGUCGUGCAGAGCGCGCGGUACAAUCCGCUUCUCGAUGCCACGGUGGGGAUAACGCAAGACCACGCGUGGCCAGCGUCGCAUUGCAAGAGCUACAUCGAUUCGCUCUGCGCCGUCGAAGAGAUGGAGGCGAAGCCCGCGACAGCGACGCAGACUCGCCUCAGCAAGAGUGGGCCGAUGCGGGCUGCCGUGAACGCUGUGUCAAAGCUUGUGGUGUCGGAUUCGAAUGCUGAUCUUGAAGCGCUGUGGUCUUCCCGCGUCGUCCGUACGGUGUCACAUGAACUCGGUCAUUGUAUUUGUCUAGCUCACUGCUUUUACUAUGCAUGCAUCAUGCAAAGCACUGCUUCUCUGUUAGAGGACAUCCGCCAGUCCCCCUUCUUGUGCCCUGUGUGCGAUUCGAAAGUAUCUCAUACCGUAGCUGUAGAACUACAAGGAGGCACGGAGGAAGACAAAAAGCGCUGGGUACGCGACCGUUACAGUGCGUUGAAAAGCUUCUGUGAAGGCGGAGAUAGGCUACAAACGACACUGUGGGCUGGUUUUCACGGUUGGUUGGGCGAAGUACUAGGAGACAAAGGUUAAAUGAACACCCAGUUGCGUAAGGGCACGAAACGGUCAGAGAAGUGUUUAGACGGGACAAGAGUCUGCCUCAAAUGCGACUGACCACGGGAUUGAGAAAACUACAACAUAAAACGCUA